CUUCUAUAAUAGUUAUCUCAGUGUUCAGAGAGAGGUACUUGCCUGAUCUAUGUCAACUUCUUCAUAAUCCGAAUCAGAUUCCUCUUCAACAGCGUCUAAUUUUUUCUGUACGUUUAUUUCCAAUUUGUCUAUUUCUGCUUUAAAUGGCCGUUUAGCAGCUUUCUUGGGCUUGCCCAUAUUCAAAUGGUUUUAUAAGUUUUUUGUUGGUGCUUUUUUCCACAUGCCUUGAAAAAAGGUGUUUAUUGAAAAAGUGAGGUUAGGAUUUUUUGUGUAGUGGGUCUAAUAGAUGGCAACGUUGCAAUCGAAGUUGGGAUGGCGCUUUCCAUUUUCGGUUUUACUGCUCCUCAGAUCAGAGCACUCCUGUCUGGGCGGUGACGUCACAACUCAGAUCUCUGCGGGAGUGCUCCGAGAGCGAGAUUUGAGAGCGUUCUAUUAGUUCUUAUAGCUCGUCAAAUCGAACACGUGAAUCUCGCCCAGAGCAACGCUCUAUAGCCGAACAUGUUUCGAAUCGUUUUUUAGUCAAUCAAGUGCAGUUUUGACGCAAAAGUCGAAAGCGCUAUUAUAUCUUUGAUGACGUCACUGGGAGACCAAUAGAAAAGUAAAAUCGCAAUCGCAAUGCAACACAAGAUCGACUAAAAUAGCAUCGAGAAAUAAUUAAAUUGAGCUGAUGGAUUCUUCCAUUGUCUACCACAACCUCUGACCUCUGACUUACCUUAUCAAUUAUAAAUUUUGAAUAAAGAUCAUCUUCGCAGUAAUCGGACUUCGAUCAAUGGUUAUUUUGUUACAAAGAGAAAGCCGUAUCCUUUAUCCCAUUAUUCCGCAGUAUAUCCGUUCUUGUUCAUCCCAUAUCAUAUCCAAUGUAGUUAUCUUUCUCUGAUGAGAGUAGAUGUUUGUUUACAAAUAUAUUAUGACAGGUAACAACAACACUACUUUCUAAAAUUGAAAAUAUGUCAAAAAAUUGUACAUUUUCAAAAUUUAUUAUUAACUUUCUAUUAUUUUUUUUUCUUGAUGCGAUUUUGUCUUGAUAAUGUGUAAAUACUAAAAAGUCACAGAUAAAGAGUUUUUGGAUUUGAAAAUUUCAGUUAAACAGUGUGGGCGUCACAAGGGAUUUAAAUGAAAAUCCUGAUAAGCCAAAACAAUACAAAAUAUAUUUUUGUAUUAAUAAUUUAUUUUACAUAAUUAGAGCGAUAAUAUGGAAAAAAGCAUUGUGAGAUUUGUACCAAAAGGGGACUCGAAGAGAGACUUGGAAGAUUUUGAUAAAUUUAAAGUACACAUUCAAAAAAUCGAUGGAUCCAUUGUGAAGUCGACGAACAAUAAGUCCUACAUUGAUGUCACCAUUCCUGAAGGAAAUUAUGACCUUAUCAAAAACACCUCUGACAAUUUAGGAUUCAAACCCCUAAUCGAUCAAUCCCACUUGGAAAAUGAACCAACGCCCAGUAUAUCUCCUACAGGAGACUACAAGAGCCCAUUCCCUUACAGUACUGACAACGAUGUCAGUAUCACCACACAAAUUAACAUAGUGGGCAUGACUUGCCAAUCUUGCGUUAGAAGCAUACAAGACAAUAUUGGCAACAAAAAGGGUAUCCUUAGCAUAAAGAUCAGUCUUCAAGAAAAUACAGCUCUAGUUACCUAUGACCCAAAAAUAACAAAUGCUCAAGAAAUAUGUGACUGGAUUGAUGAUAUGGGGUUUGAGGCCUCAUUACCGUCAAUCAGUAGUAGACAAAAUAGUGGUUUGAGUGAAUGCCGGGUGCACAUAGAUGGUAUGACUUGUAAUAGUUGUGUGCAAACUAUUGAGGGUAUGCUAUCUACUGUGAGUGGCAUAACUUACGUAAAAGUAGACUUAGGAGAAAAAGAAGGCUUUAUACAAUUUUUACCUGACAAAAUUAAUCCUAAAUCUAUACCGGAGCAAAUUGAAGACAUGGGUUUCGAAGCUUUCAUCAAAAGCAUCAACGGAAAGCCUGUUAAGAAACCAACUUCAUCUCCCCUUGCCAAUGGAAGCACAAGCAAAGACAUUUCGGGAUUCAACUUAGAAAAGUGCCAAAUUAAUAUCAAAGGAAUGACCUGUGGUUCUUGUGUAGCUGCCAUCGAAAAACACGUACAGAAAAUAUCGGGGUGCUAUAAGAUUCUUGUAUCUUUGCUCGCGGCCAGAGCAGAGGUGCAGUUUGAUCCUAGUAUGGUGACUCCGCCAGAUAUAGCUGCUUCGAUAACGGAGCUGGGGUUUCCUUCUACUGUUAUGGUGCAGUCUGGAGCUGGACAAUCCGAAGCUGAUAUCGAAAUAUUUGGUAUGACUUGCGCCAGCUGCGUGUACAAAAUAGAAAGCAACAUUAUCAAAGUUCCUGGCAUAUUGAGCGCACAAGUCGCCCUUACCACACAACGUGGCAAAUUCAAGUACGAUCCCGAAGUUACCGGCCCUAGGAGUAUUAUCGAAGCUAUAAAUAGGUUGGGCUUUGAAGCAAAACUUUUUACAAGAGAACGCGACGAUGACAGACUGCUACAAAAAGACGAAAUACGCAAGUGGAAAAGAAGUUUUCUGUUUUCCUUGGUAUUUGGCGGACCUUGUAUGGUGGCCAUGAUGUACUUUAUGAUUGCCAUGUCUACUGGGAAUAUGUCGCAUGAAGACAUGUGCUGUGUAGUACCAGGCCUCUCCCUCGAAAAUCUGAUAACAUUCACUCUCUCCACCCCCGUACUUAUCCUAGGAGGUCGUCAUUUUUUCAUACAAGCCUACAAAGCCCUUAAACAUCGCACAACCAACAUGGACGUCCUUAUCGCCAUGGCCACUUCCAUUUCGUACAUAUACUCCGUCAUAGUGGUCGCAGUCGCGAUGAUUUUACAGCAAAAAACAUCGCCGCAGACCUUUUUUGACACCCCGCCAAUGCUGUUAGUGUUUAUAAGUCUCGGUAGGUGGUUGGAGCAUAUAGCCAAAGGCAAAACUUCCGAGGCUUUAAGUAGGCUCUUGUCCUUGAAGGCCACCGAUGCUGUCGUAGUUAUUUUAGGCGAAAAAGGCGAAAUAGUUAGCGAGCAAAAUGUAAAUGUCGAUUUGGUGCAGCGAGGAGAUAUUUUGAAAGUCGUGCCAGGUGCUAAGGUCCCUGUAGACGGAAAAGUUAUACAGGGGCAGUCGAUGUGCGACGAAAGUCUCAUAACUGGAGAAAGUAUGCCAGUACCGAAGAAAAUCGGUAGUUCUGUCAUAGGGGGUUCGAUAAAUCAGCAUGGAUUGCUGAUAUUCAAGGCUACGCACACUGGGGAGGCAACCACCUUGUCGCAAAUAGUUAAAUUGGUGGAGGAGGCUCAAACUUCUAAAGCUCCUAUACAACAUUUAGCUGAUAAAAUUGCAGGAUACUUUGUUCCUGCUGUAGUUGCAGUCUCAUUACUAACCCUCAUAAUUUGGUCCAUAAUUGGUGCUAUUGAUAUAAAUAAGUUGCCCAUAAGUCCAUCGGAAAAAGAAGGUUUCACCAAUACAGAAAUCAUAUUACAAUUUGUCUUCAGAUGUGCUCUAAGUGUUUUGGCAAUAGCUUGCCCUUGUGCUUUAGGUUUGGCUACACCUACCGCUGUCAUGGUAGGAACUGGUGUGGGUGCUCUAAAUGGAAUCCUAAUAAAAGGGGCGGGUCCCUUGGAAAAUGCCCACAAAGUAAACGCCAUUAUGUUCGAUAAAACCGGAACCAUUACCAAAGGUACCCCAGAAGUGGCCAAGAUAUGGAUGCAAGGCGACAGUUAUAGUCCGGCUCUGAUAUUAGCCGCUGUGGGGUGCGCCGAGGCCAAUUCCGAGCAUCCUCUAGCUGCGGCCAUUUUGAAGUACGCCAGAGACGUAUUGAACUGUGAUAUUAGUGGAAAUAGUAGUAAUUUUCAGGCCGUUCCUGGUUGCGGUCUUCGAUGCACCGUCUCCGACUUGUCUUCCUGCAUUAAAAAUGCCAAAAACAGCGUCGAAUUAUCUAGUUUUUCAUCGCUCCUGUCUGCUGGCAGUACAGGUACUUUUAAAAUCAAGGGCGUCGAAGUGGAAGUGUAUCAGUCGCCUAAUUUGCGUCUAGGACAUCUGAUUGGAAUGGGGGACGCGCCUGAGGAUACUGGAUUGGGAAAGUACAACGUUAUUGUAGGUAAUCGAGAAUGGGUGCGCAGAAAUGGCCUAACACUAAUGCCCGAAGUGGACAAAAAAAUGAUUGCUGAAGAGGAAGAAGGAAGAUCUGCGGUUCUUUGCGCUAUUAAUGGUACAAUCGUUGCUAUGAUAAGUGUAGCGGACAUGGUUAAACCAGAGGCCCACUUGGCUGUCUACACUCUUAAGAAAAUGGGAUUGGAGGUGAUUCUGCUCACUGGCGACAACAGACAAACUGCCGCUAAUAUAGCGAGGCAAGUUGGGAUUACAAAGGUUUAUGCGGAAGUUUUACCGUCGCAUAAAGUAGCCAGAGUACAACGGUAUCAAAGUAGAGGAAUUCGCGUAGCGAUGGUAGGCGACGGUAUAAACGAUUCUCCGGCUCUAGCACAAGCAGACGUUGGUAUGGCCAUAUCUUCUGGGACUGACGUCGCUGUAGAAGCAGCGCACGUCGUACUUAUGAGAAACGAUCUCUUGGACGUGGUAGCUUGUUUACAACUCAGCCGAAAAACCGUCCGCCGGAUACGUCUCAAUUUUCUAUUUGCCAGCAUGUAUAAUUUUUUGGGUAUUCCCCUAGCAGCAGGUGCUUUCAGUAUGGUAGGUUUCAUGCUAGCCCCGUGGAUGGCUAGCGCAGCCAUGGCCAUGAGUUCCGUUUCCGUUGUGGCUUCAAGCCUUAUGUUGAAACUGUGGAAAAAACCUUCAAGAACAGACCUGGAAACAGCAGAGUAUCUAGCAAGUAGAAACAGUUGUUCACUAGAAGCUAUUUCUAUUCAUAGAGGCUUGGACGACAUCCAGAGUCUAGGAACGGGCAGUCCUUCGACAUUGUCUAGGUUCCUCGGAAAGAAAUCUUCAACAAAACAAAGACUUUUAUCGGAAAAAGACGAAGAAGCUUCCAUCGAGUUCUGUAACAGCCAAACUAGAGAAUACGACGUGCAGCAGCCGCUUAUAUAAGAUGCCCAAUUUUCAAUUUUGUUAAUCAUUAUUAGUACAUAAAUCUUUUAGAUACUUAACAUCAAAUGCAGAGAGGCUUACUUUUUAUUGAUUUUGUCUUUUGCAAAAUACUUAUUGUGAUCUAUAAUUUUUAAUGUUAUUAAGAGAUAAUAUAUUUCUAUCGAUUAUAAACA